AUGGACACAGACACAGGCAUGCACCAAAACCAACACAACAACCAGCACAACAACCACCUCCACAACCAGCACAGCAACCAACAGUUCAAAAUCCAACACAACAACCAACAGUUCAAAAUCCAGCACAGCAACCAACAGUUCAAAACCCUGCACAACAACAACCACAAACAGAGCAAGGACAUAAAAGAAGUAGAGAACAAGGAAACCAAGAAUUCUUAA